GCCAUCGUGCCAUCAUGCAGGACCAUGGUUGCUGUCCUGACUGUCACUUGAUUUUCGAUUGGUCAAGUCGUCAUUGAAUACUUGAAUAGUGCGACAAAUAUCAACCAUUUAUCGUGAACUAGAAUGUUCGUAACAUAUAAAUAAUUUACUGUUACUUCCAAAAUUACCAGUUUUAUGCUCAAAUAAACUUCAAACACAAAAGAUAAAAGUAUUCUUUUAUAAUCCCGAUGAAAUAAGUAGACACUUUGAUAAUAAAACAUUGUCCUAGAGUUGUGAUGGAAUCGCAUUUCAACAAAACUAUCACUAAGAAAAAGUCAACGGUGGAAGGUUACAAAUGAUUUGAAUAUUGGCUCCAGAGUGCCGUAACGUAGGAACAAAUAGGUAGUUGAUCGUAGAUCGACAAUAUAUGUGUGUGACGGUGACAUGAGCACAAUCAACAAGAGGCGCGGAGCUAGCAGUUCCAGUUGUGCUGUCCCGGGUGUGCCUGCGCUUGUCAACGUUCCCACCGCUAUGUCUGCGGACUUAGCAUCGUUAUUCGAGUGCCCCGUCUGCUUCGACUAUGUCUUACCACCGAUCCUUCAAUGUCAGAGCGGGCACCUUGUCUGCUCGAGCUGUCGACCGAAAUUGUCCUGUUGCCCAACAUGCCGCGGCCCACUCGGUAACAUCAGAAACCUUGCUAUGGAAAAAGUGGCUAGUAAUGUUAUGUUUCCAUGCAAACACUCGAAUACGGGCUGCACAGUGACCUUAGUACACACAGAGAAGGCGGAACAUGAAGAAGCUUGUGAAUUUCGGCCGUACUCCUGCCCGUGUCCCGGAGCUUCAUGCAAGUGGCAAGGUGGUCUAGAUCAAGUAAUGCCUCACUUGAUGAUGUCCCACAAAAGUAUAACAACUCUGCAAGGUGAGGAUAUAGUAUUUUUGGCAACAGAUAUUAAUUUACCUGGAGCAGUUGAUUGGGUCAUGAUGCAGUCAUGUUUCAAUCACCAUUUUAUGUUAGUACUAGAAAAACAAGAAAAAUUCGAUGGACAUCAGCAAUUUUUUGCAAUUGUUCAGCUCAUAGGAUCUCGGAAAGAAGCGGAGAAUUUUGCUUACCGGUUGGAGUUAAACGGUCAUCGCAGAAGACUGACCUGGGAAGCUAUGCCGCGUUCUAUACAUGAAGGUGUGUCCUCUGCUAUUAUGAACUCGGACUGCCUCGUAUUUGAUACUUCUCUUGCACAACUGUUUGCAGACAAUGGUAACCUUGGGAUAAAUGUAACCAUCUCGAUUGCCUAAUCCGCAUUUCAAUGUCUGCACAAAUGUUGCAGAAUCAGUAUGGACAAUGGACCUUAAGAAAUACUAGUGAUUCUUAACACAUAGUGAAUACCAUUUUGUGACCAUUAUCAUGUGUAAAAUACAUGUAUUUGGGUAUAUUUUUAUGGCAUUUGUAAGUUACUAUGACUUCGAAAUGUUUUAUAAUAUGUAUUGUAAUCAAAUAAUCAACAUGGAAAUGAGCCAAAAAUAAUUUUUCAUUAUGUGAAGGUGUGUUCAAUUUAGUGUUAAGUAGGAAGAAAUUUUAAAGGGUGUAUAACUACUAUGCAAAAUCAUUUAGAUGAGAGUUAUGUUUUUGCCAAAAGCACUAUCUAGGUAUCACCAUAUUUAUUGACUUAUUUAUAUGACAUUUUAUACAUUCUAUUUUUUAAGUAAACAGUCAUUCUGGAUUGACCGUUUCAGAUAAAUGAUGAAUUUUAUGAUAUUUUCUAUUAAUCCAUUCAAAUUUUUAAGUUUAAAAUCUAAAUGAUUUUGUAGUGCGGUAGACUGAUAUAUCACAUUCAGUGUAAGUGAUUGUAAUAUUCCAAAUGAACAAAUAUUUAAAAUUAUCUUGUGUAUAUAUGCAUGAAUAAUUGGUGUUAACAAUUGUGAUGCUUACAUACUUAGGGCUGGCUUCUACUGAGUAUUAUCACACAAUAGGCUCAAAUAAUAUCCCAAAAUGUGAGGUUUAGGAACAUGCCUGCAUACUCUUUGUACUAAAAAUUAGACAAGUUCAACUGCAUUGAUACUGCCCUAAUGAACUUAAACAACACUAGCUUUCUGACGAUGUAGUGAAAGGAAAGGAUGUAGUCCCAGCAAUUUACUCUCAUAGUCUCCUUAGGACUGGGAUGAAACCUAUCUUACAUCCAUUCUCAGAUCUUAAACUAUCUUUGUACCAGAUUUCAUCCAAACUGGUUCAGUGGUUUAGGGAUGAAGAUAUAGACAGGCAGAGUUGCUUUCACAUUUAUAAUGUGAGUAGGGAAAAAUUAGGACAUCAUUAGAAUUGUUUUGAUUGUGUGAAAUGUUUGGAAUUAGCUUGAUUUGAGGAUUGAAAAUAAUUAGUGAUGGAACAAAUAUGAAUACUUUCCCUUUGAGUGUAAUAGAUAGGCGUUACACCUAAAAUCACAUAAUGUUAAACUAAUAAUUUUAUGAACUAGUUAAUUAUUUUAUUUGGCUCCUUUGAUUCAACAUUGACCAAGAAUUUUUGACAGUUUUGGUGGAAGCAGGACUUCAUUAUAACUAUAUAAAUUGAAAUGUAUAUUUUUUUAAUAACACCGAUCAAAUAAUAACAAAAAAAGUAUUUCUAUUUGUUACACAUUUAUUAUCGAAUCAUAAUUAACCAGUAUGGCAGCUAAAAUCGUACAUUGGGAGAUCUCUGAGCACUAACUAUUUUAGAUAUAAGAUGAAUAAUACGCUACAAAAACAAGAUGAUAUGAGAACGCAGAUAAGAAGUAUAUUUAUCUUUUGUAUAAUUGCAAGUGCAAGUUUUAAAUUAGUUUGUCUGCUGUGUUAACAGCAAUGGGUUAUAAAUAAAUAUCUAUGUAAAAUACACAAUGUGUACUCUACAUAGGCAUUUUGGACACCCUGAGUACCUUCUUAAUAUUUUACCAUUUAAUUUCAUAAUAUUCAUUAGUUUUAAAUAUAAUUUAUGCAAUCCAUGUUACUUAAUUGUAGUCAUAAUUUAUCUGAAAAUUCUUCUUUGACGACAUUUUUAACUUUUUAUGGUAUUACUUGAGUAUUAUUUAAACUUUCGUGUAUCUAAAGCUGAAUUUAUGAAGGUAUCUGGUUGAAUAAAUUUUUAUAAUAUGAA